CUCUUUGUUAAUUUUAACACAUUUCAUUCAUUCUCUUCAAAACAUAACACAAACUUUUCUUCUCUCUCUCUCUCUCUCUCUCUCUCUGUUAGAGCUGAUGUGUGACGUCGACAACGAUAACUGGGUCGAAACGGCCAUGGCAGACAACGCCAUAGUCGCUAGUUUUCUCCUUACACUCAACAAACCCUAUUCUUCUUCUUCUUAUUCUUCUCUUUGUUCUUCUUCUCUUUCUCCACCUUUUAACCUUCACUGGACCGUUCGUCAACGCCGUACAAAGUGGCACACUUCCGCCGCUAACAAUAAAAAAACCGAACCGACAAGAGCAAGUCCCACGACUCCUCUCUCUUGGAGCGCCGCCACAACCGCUAGUGGCGCCACCGCAACAACCGCCGCCGACGGUCACGAAGAGUCCAGUCGUUUCACCAAACCCGUUCAUACUUCAAGAUCUAAGGUUGAUGAUCAAAGUGAAGCCACUGCCAACAAAAAGUCAAGAAAGAAAAGGUCUCUACCUGAACUUCUUGAGGAGGAGAAAUUACUGCUGACAGAAAAGGGAGAUUUGAAAGAUAAAUUGGCAUCUAUGCAUCUCACUGUUGAGCAACAAAGAGCCAAAAAUGAAAGCUUAAAGAAAAUGAAGCAGCUUGAUUUGGUGUCACAAAAAACCGCAAAAACAUCCAGAACCUCUCUGGCGUCUGAAAAAGCCAUCCUCAACACACCGCAACAUCUGGACACAGACUGUAGUUCAUCUAAAUUAGUCCAGCCUCAAACAGUCCAUGAGAAGGAGUCACUUUUCAUUACAGCGAAUGCUUCAUCGUCGUUGCAAGGAGAGAGUAGUAACCAAAAACCAUCAUUCUUGCUGCCCGAUCUAAAUCUACCUGUAGAGGAGGAAUUCAACUCCGACAUGGUUCCUGAGAUAAGUUAAUUGAGUCUGCGUACUUAUAUGUUAGAUCGUGAUCGUCGCGCGCAAUACACCGAAUAAGAUCUAAACACAUUCGGUACUAACCUUAGUUUAUGCUAAUGUAAUUGUUGGUGGUAAGCCAUUUGCUUCCCUUACAUAGUCAAAAUCACUGAAAUUUAUUUUUUUAAUUCAUGGUGGUACUGCUGAGGGUAGUGUUAGUGUAGUCACUAGCCACUAGGGAUUUUUACAUCAGCCAUAGUUUCAUUAUUUUUUUUUUCUUUUCCUUUCAUGAUAUCUACAUUGUCCAAGAUUCUUUGGGGGAAACCCUUCAAUAUUUUUCCUCCUUUACUACAGAAAAUAUUUACAUAUAAAUGUAAUUACAUGGUCUACAAUUAAGAUAUUUCAAGAAUUUUUGUUCUUUUA